UCGCUAGCUUUCUGGAUCGCUCUCUCUCUCUCGCAAAUGAAGUUGAAGCUAAAAGCAAAGGAUAAACCGACGGACCACCCUUAUCUUGCCAAGGAAGGUGGCAAAGGAAGAGGAAUGGUGGAUCUAGGAAAUGGUAGCGAAGUCCUUUACAUUCCAAGAUUCAUAUCAUACGAGGAGUCUUGGGAAUACUUGGAUUACCUCAACAAGCACAUUCCUUGGACUAGACCCACUAUUCGCGUCUUCGGCCGAUCCUGUGUUCAGCCCAGAGACACAUGUUAUGUUGCAAAUGCAGGAUUGCCAGAACUAGCUUACAGUGGGUAUCAGCCUCGUGUGUAUUCGUGGGAUGAAUUUCCUCCACUUAGAGAAAUUUUGGACAGAGUCCACAAAGCACUUCCUGGAAGUUGUUUUAACAGCUUGCUCCUAAAUCGGUAUAAGGGUGGUGAUGACUGUGUUGGAUGGCAUUCUGAUGAUGAGAAGCUCUAUGGACCGACUCCAGAAAUUGCCUCCAUUUCUUUUGGAUGUGAACGUGAUUUUCUUUUGAAGAAGAAACCUAGUAAAAUAUCUCAAGCUAAAAGAUUCGAGGGUGAACCUCCUAGCAAAAGAUUAAAGAAGACUAGCCAUUCCAACCAGCACUCAUUUACAUUAAAGCAUGGCUCAUUGUUGCUGAUGAGAGGCUAUACCCAACGGGAUUGGCUCCACUCAGUGCCUAAACGUGCAAAAGUAGAGACAGCACGAAUUAAUCUAACCUUCAGGCAUGUUCUCUGAUUGACUUGUGAUCAAGAAAGUGCUUGUUAAGUGCUAAAGGGUACACAGCAUACAGAAUUCCUUUGAAAUUCUGCUAUGCCUUUUAAGUGCUUUUAUUUUUGUUUGAAAGCUGGUAGAUGUUGCGAAUACACGGUUAAAUACUGUGGAGACUUAGUAUAGAAGGUUUUAACAAUGUAGACAUACAAACAUGUUAAGAUUUUUAAAUUACCUAGAGUGGACUUACAUUUGUAUAUCUGUAUAUUUGCUUGAGUGUGGGAUGCAAAACUGGUGAGGGAAGCUCUCCAUUUUAUCACGUGCAUGGAAAACCAUCCCUGCUCUGCUAAUGAUAGAUAAUGAUAUGGAGCUCAGCUAAUUAGGUCUCAGUACCUGCAACACCAUUACACCUGAACUAAGACAAGGCAAAAAGCAGUAGCACUUUGCACUGGGGAAGGAGCAUCAUCUGCCCUUGUUUUAGACUUCAUUUAGGCCUCUUUUUAACUCUUGGUAAGGUUCAAAAGCUCAUUCAAUUGCUUCAGAAUUUUGUAGCUUCACAAGAUCACUUGUAGACAUGGAUGUAUGGAUUUUCUAAGCUGGAAUAGCUUUGAGUUUCUGA